UAAACGUCAAAUUUUUGCAUUGUUGUCUGAAAAUAAAGAGAAGUUUAACCGGAAUUUAUCAAAAUCACUCCCCCGCAAUGGAGUUUUCCAUAACCACUGAAACAUGCAGGGUUUGCUUGGAAAACAAACCGGAAAGCAAGCUACUCAGUGAUCCUUAUCCGGAUAAAACAAUGCUGCCUACCACAGCAAAACUAAAGCUUCAAUGUUACCUGGACGUUUAUAAAUAUGCAGCCGAAAUACAUGAUGAACCAGCUUCAAAGCUGACCACGCCACCUUCGACGUCGCUGUUUUUCCCUAAACGAAUUUGUAAUGCGUGUAUAAACCAGCUACAAGUGGCAUUCGUAUUUCGUCGUAAGGUCUUGAAAUCUGAAAAUGUUUUGAAAAAUCUCCUUGAUUUAUAUGGCCAUCAGGAUUCGGAAGAAACAGUAGAAGUAGAGGAAAUCGAAAUUAAACAUGAGGACACGGUUGACUCCAAUGACGAGGAGCAGGAAUCGCAGGAAUACGAGUACGUGGAUGAAGAAGUAGAGGAAUAUUCGGAUGAAAGUGAUUACGAAGAAGUAGUUGAAAGUUCACCCGUGAAUUUCAACGAUGUAAUUAACAUGAACCAAGUAAGUUUGGAUCGGCAACUGAAAAGUGCAAGCCUCAACUCGUUACAUACAGUUUUAAAGCUUGAUGCAAACCCACAGAGCAGCAGAAGUAAAAGUCCCUUGUUUAGAGGUAGACCCGUUAUGAGUCAAUGUGAAGAUUGUGGAAAAAUGAUACAGACAAAAUAUUUGAAAAAACACCGAGAGAGACACCUAGAGGGAGGGAAGAAAAAUAAAAGUUUUCCAUGUGACUUAUGUGACCGUCAAUUUACUCUGAGAGAGAAUUUGAGCAAGCAUAAAAGAAUUCAUUCCAAUGAUAAAAGGUACACAUGCCCAUACUGUAAGGAGAAAUUUCUGCACAGGGGCACUUGUAAAUACCAUAUCUUAUGUCGACAUACAGGCGAAAAGCCGUAUGUUUGUGAAAUAUGUGGUAAAGGUUUCCGCCAUAUAUCUCAAAAAUACCUUCAUAUUCGACAACAUACGGGAUUGACUCCUUAUGCAUGCGAAAUAUGCAAUCGAAGGUUUGUCUCAAUGCAAAAUAUGAAAAGGCAUAUGCUGUCACACACGGAUGCCAAAAAUUUCCACUGUAAUGUGUGUGGAAAAUCCUACAAGUCAAAAAAGUCGCUGCGGGUUCAUACAAGAACAUUGCACGAUCAGGAAAGAAAUUACGUCUGUGCUAUAUGCAAUCAAGCAUUCUCUCAGAAUCACGUUUUGAGGUCCCACCAGUUGAAAAAUCAUCCUGAAUACGAACCACCACCGCCGGGAACUAUCGUCAGUAUUCGGGCAAUCGAGCGUAUGAAGGAGCAAACCGCAACAAUUGUAACUAAUUCUAUCAACGCCUCUGUAGGGAACAAACCUGGCGUAUUGGUUAACAUGCGUCCCUCUCAGGCUGAAGGUCAUAAGCUCUAAUCUUAUCCCCAAACAAAUCACUAAUAACCUAAAAAAUAUUAUUGAAAAAAUAAUAAAUAAACGUCUGUAUUUUAAAUGUAUGCUAGAUGAUAUCAUAUAGUGAUAAGAGUUCUAAGAGCCCCUUGAUGUGCUGUUUGAAAGGUUGACAAAUAAAAACAAUUAGAGGCAGUUUGGUCAUCACUUAUGAUAAAUACUGUAUUUGGCAUUUGAAGCUUUACU